AGUUCAUUGAAAAGUUCGUUUCGUCUUCGUCAUCCUCAUCUUGUCGUCAUGACAACCUAUUGUGGCGGAUAGUUUAAAUAUUCAAUAUGGCUGAAGGAUAAUGAUCCACUGUGAUAAUGAAUUUAGGCGAUAUCACUCUAAUUUGCCGUCUUUAAGCUUUGAUUCUGUCUUUGAAGAUGACGAGAGGUCAGGAAAUACACCUUUGCCACACGACGUAUGUAAUUCGUGUUUGUGUUUGCUAAAUAUUGCUUUUUUAAGGCGGCAUUAUUUUCAACUUCGACAGAGGAACUUGGCUUCUCUUUGCUCGGCAUGUUCGCAGGCUGUGUAUUUUGUGUCGAUAUUAAAACAAGUAAACAAAGCCAUUGCAGAUAAGCCGACUAAUGAGUACAUGGUAACUCGAGAUGGCAAAAAUGAUCUAAAGAUCGGUAUCGUUGGUUUUGGCCGACUUGGAAAACAGUUAGCGGUCAUUUUGUUAGAUCUUGGUGUCAUAAAGCCAUCUGAUUUGUACAUUUCAACUAGAUGUCCCGAGGGCUUGGAAAAAUUCCAGAAUGAAGGCAUAUGUUGUUGCUUUGAUAAUGCCCUGGUUUGCAAAACUGCGGACGUCCUCUUUCUCUGUUGCUUGCCUUCGCAGCUCAACACCGUGGCCAAGGACAUGCAAGGUCUGCUCAGUGAUACCAUUGUUUACUCCUUUGUGUCUGGCGUCUCCCAAGCACGAAUACGACAAUUGUUGAAAUGUGGAAAUGUCAUCCAAACAACUCUCCUAUUCAAAUCGAAUUGUGAUCCGAUUUUUGAGGAAUCUACGCCUUGGAAAUUUGGAAGAGAUGUGAGAGAAAGUCUGGCGGAUCCAAAAUGCAUCGUCGAAACAUCUCCCCUUUGUCAAAAGUCUUUGCUCGAAAUGGAUUACCAGUUAAUUGAAAGUUACGUGCAUGCGUUGAUGAAUAAAUGUAUAAGAAAAGAUGUGAAAGAAAAGGAGAAAAGUAUAAGCAUCUGUAUGUCAGUUUUACUUGGUGAGAGUUCUUCCACUUCCGAAUUCAAAGAUAUUUUGUUGGACAUCAUGAAGAAGAAAACAGACAUUAAAGAACCUCCCAACGUGACACGAGUUCAAACCAGUUCCCAUCACGACUCAAUAAGAGACCGAAUCAUGGAAAACGAAGCGUUCAGAAACGCGUUCACCGAGCAAUAUGUCAAAGUUGUACAACUGUGCAGCAACUUGGAAUCUUGGAAUAGAUUUCCUAUAGAAUAGAUAUGCAGAAGAAUGAUGACGAGUAGUUAUCUUGAACUAUUUCCUAAUUCUUUUACUCGACGAUUGGUAUUUUGCUAGUGUGUGGACCUUUCAUGGUCGUUUGCGCAUUGUGUGUGCGACAUUUACCAGUUCAUGACGUGUGGGAACUUUUUUGUUAAGUAUCAGCUGGAAAAGAUGGUAUGUACUCGUGAAAUUCCAGACGCAAUGUUAGAGCGGCCAAGCCUGCAGGAUUGCGUAGCUGGCAUUCCGUUUGACGUAAGUUCAGCGACUGUUGAGCUAUGCUGUUGUACGGUCACGCAAUACAAGGACACGUUGAAUUGAAACCGCAAUUGUUUGUAUAGAUAAUGUUGACAUCGGUAAGCGUAGAAUGAGAGUAAUUAUACCGACGUUUAUUAACAGUGUUACAUUUCCUGUGACGACAUGUUAAGUUAAUCUAUUGUUUACAUUAUGUUUACGACAAGAAAAAGCAAAAAUCUAAA